CUGCUCCUGCUCCUCGUUCCUCUCUCGGAUUGAGGCAUGGUGGUGGCUGGGUUAGGGUUUCCGGUUCGGGGUCGUCGGGGGAGGGCUCCAUGGCCAGCGGGCUUAGAGGGUCUGGCAGCGGCAGUAGGCACGGCGGCGGGGGCGGAUCGAGGGUGGCGAGGUGAGGUGCCGCGGGUGGCGGACGACAACCGGCGGGAAGGGCCGACGGCGGGGGCGAGCGACUUCCUCAGUUAGCGAAUGCUGGGGUGGUGGGCGGUUUGUGGGUGGCGCGGCCGGCGGCGCCAUUGCCGGCGGUGGCAGGGGCAUCCAGUUCAUUGAAUCUGGACUGUGGAUGCCGUCGCCCCAAAUGUUGCAUGUGCAGGCGUUAGUAAACUCCUUGAUUUAUUUUCGUGUCGAAGCUGCGCAUCAUGGCGGGCACGCCUUUCUCCUUCACCUUUUUGUCAUGUGAUGAUUUAUUUUAGCAACAGGAAAAUAGGAAUUAACUUAUUUGUCUUUGAAAUCGAAAGGUUUGGUUCGUUUAGCUCUUGGAUCCUGGUUUGUGUUGAAUUAAUGAAUUUUUAUGGCAUUAAAGACUUUGCUACCUUUUUAUAGGAGGUACCAUCUUCAAUAUUUAAACAUAAUUUAUUAAUCGUUUGUACUCUUAUUUGUGUGAUUUCAAUGAGAAUGUGUGGCAUGGGUACACGCCCCACCUAAAAUUUAGAGUGUGCUCCGCCACUGGCCCCCUGAUUAUACAGUACUAAUGUCUAAUACCAGUUUUCCACCCCCACGGAAUCUGGGUUUUACCUGAACUCGGUCCCCUGCUAUGCACCCGGCUUCAGUCUCCUUGCAGCCCUUUACUGCAACUCCGGCAAGCAUACUUAUCCCUAGGCGUGCAGCUGCGAGGAAUUCCAUUGAUUUCACCGAGCUGCGGAGAGCUGGAAGGUCUAGUGGAAACCUUGUAAUGAGUUCCAUGCCAAAUCCUGCCAGUGGGUCAGAAACGUCCGGAAGGGAGGAUUUCAAUGUUGGGGAUAAGGAUGCAGUGGUCAUUGUCGACCAUGGGUCACGGCGACAAGAAUCCAAUCUCAUGCUAAAUGACUUUGUUGAGAUGUUCAGGACGAGGACUGGUUAUAAGAUCGUUGAGCCUGCUCAUAUGGAGCUGGCUGAGCCUACUAUUAAGGAUGCUUUUGGAAAAUGUGUGCAACAAGGAGCAUCCCGUAUUAUUGUUAGUCCAUAUUUCCUUUCCCCUGGACGGCACUGGAAACAAGAUAUCCCUGCUUUAGCAGCAGAAGCAUCCAAGGAGCACUCAAAUGUACCCUAUAUUGUCACUGCCCCUCUUGGACUGCAUGAGCUUAUGGUGGAUAUCAUGAAUGAUCGCAUCAAGUACUGCCUGCAGCACGUUGGGGGUGAUGUUGAUGAGUGUACAGUAUGCGCUGGAACUGGAAAGUGCCGCCUCUACUCCUGAUGGGAGUACCUGGGAGGCUACUUAUCCAUACUGCAGCUUAGAAUCUGAAUAGCUGUCGCAAUGGCAUCUCAAUGCCACUUGUUUUUUUACCAUUUACCAGGUCUGGGCCAAUACUUUUCUCGUCUGUACGAGGUCUGACGAGUGUAUAUCCUGGUCCGGUGCCCCAACCAAAAGUUACCAUUGCAACUGUGCUUGCUCCGUCCGAUCGCCGCCACUGUGCUCUGAUUUUAA